UAGUAUUUUGUAUGCAAAACAUUGACUGCAAUAUUGAUAUUAUUGUAAACAUUGUUUUGUAAUCAUUAUAUGAAAUCAAUUGAUUGUUAAGUUAAUCAAUGGGACAGUCAUUGGGAGCCAAACGGACCACUCGUUGGGAUUUCUUGAAGAAAGCCGAGUGGGGAUUCCCGGUCAGUACUACGGGUCCGACCGCACCGCGACCUCCCACUCAUGGACUCCAAUUGCCGCCCGGGUGUCAUAUUCCCGAUUAUAAACAAUACCGAGUCAACGAUAUCCCUCAAUUGCUUGACGUCCAGAAAAAGUUGGCCGCACGUGGACUCAAAGAUCCGUGGCUUAGGAAUGAGGUCUGGAGAUAUGAUCCGAAAAAUUGGGGGACAAAAACGUGGCGUAUUUGGGGUCUCGUGGCUCCCGGACUACUAUAUGGCUUCGGUCUGUUCCUCGUUGUCGUCGUGUGUGAAGAAACUAUACUUAAGGACAAAGAUGACCAUAAAUCACACCAUUAGGUCAUCGAUUAAUUGAUUUUAAAAUUGUCUUUAAAAUUAGUUUUCUGAUGAUUUCAGUUAAUUAGUAGUUAUGUGUUAAUCUAUGUAUAGAUAAUUAAAUUUUAAAAUAAAAUUAUUGCUGAAUAUAUUGGAUUUAUAUUAUAUCAAAUAAAUAGUAAAUAUAUAUAAAUACAUCCAUUUCUAUAUUUAGG